CUUCAUCGUGACUGACUAACUGAGUUGACUGACUGCUAGGGGAUUAUUAACUUCAACACACACCUCUUGACUUUUCUUGUACGGUUCCCUGUUGACGGGUUCUGACUUCCCUAUAUAUGCUGCCAACCCUCGACUCUCUACGUGGAAUGAUGGUCCCCUUCCCUCUCUCUCACUUUCCAUUCAACGUCUGCGUUUAGCGCCAUCGGUUAUCGCAAAUGACGUGCUGCAUGUUGGGUGCCUAUUAUUAUCUCCCGAUCAUAGGGCUACCCCUGCCAAGUCCCGUCAGUGGCCAUGGCGUCCUCUGCGCGUCGUCCCGUCCGCUCGAGUCGCACCCAAGUCCAAACCUACAACGAAGAGAGCAGUUCGGAUGAUCGUCGGAAUGAAGAUACUGAGUCGGAGAUCGAGGAAGCUAGGCGGGCAUCACUAUCGCUACGCCCGCGCGACACCCGUCGAACGCGCGUGUCUUAUCGCGAAGAGACCACGGACGAGGAGGACGACCUGCAAGAAGAACCGUCAAGUGAUCACGAGGGAAUACGACCAGCCGACGCUCCUACUCAUUUGACCUACCCGGCUUCACAACAACGGGGCAGCAGCCGUACUUCCCGCCGGCCUCGCACCCGCACGGUGAAGACGCGCUCCCAAACCAAGAAAUCAACGACACCUUCGCGACGGAGCCGAUCGGGGGUGGGAAAACCGCGCAAUAAACGGAGGAAGGUGGACGAUGAACCGAUGUUUGUCGGCUCCGGGGUCAUCCCCCCGUGGCAGACCCUUCCGUACCAAGUGCUAUUCGACAUAUUUAUCUUCGCCUCCCGUCCUCUGGUAGAUGAGAAAACUAUCGCUCGACUGCCCUCGGUACAAUGGCUGGUCAAUGUCGCGACGUUGUGUCGUGCAUUCCAUGAGCCGGCGCUUGCAGCGCUGUAUCAAAGCCCGCCCUUGAUCCCGGCGGCGAAGGCACACGGCUUGCUCAGUGUUCUAUCCCAACCGCAGGAUCACCUGUCGACAAAUUAUGUCAACAAGGUCCGCGAGUUGCACGUGGACGUGGAGACACUCUUGCUCUACAAAAGCGGGCCGACUCUUGGAUACUUCGAGUUGUCCAGACUGAUUGAAUGUACCCCUCAGGUCAAAACACUGCGGUUAUAUCACAACGAUGAUUACGUUGUCGGUCUUCCUCCAUGGCAAAUCCAACGGUCCAAGUGGACCUAUCCAGACAGUCUCUUUUCCGCGAUCGCCGCGCGUUCAAUUCGAUUGCGCAGCUGGGAUUGGAACAGCCGGUUCAUGGAAACCACGCGGUUACUCCCUAUCGUCCUAGGAAAACACCUCGAACCGUCCUUCCGGGGAUUGCGGGAGCUCAGAUUGUUGCAUGUGGCGUCGGAGUAUUCCGAUGGUGAUGACGUGGAAUCCUUGUCCAAUGAAAGGGAGAUUGUUCUUGCAAGCGCGCUUAAAGAAUUGUCGGAGCUACAAACCCUGCAGUUCAUUGAAUGUUCGAUCGUCAACGAACAUCUCCUGCUGAACCUACCGCUAUCGCUUAGAUCUCUGACCAUCAACAAUUGUGACGAUGUAACCACGGCAAAUUUCAGCGCCUUUCUCUCCUCCCAUGGUCAAUCCCUCCGCGAGUUGGUUCUGUGCCACAACCGUCACUUGAGCCUAUCGUUUAUUGUAGGCUUGGCUCAGGCAUGCGGACAGCUCGAGAUAUUCAAGAUGGACAUCUCGAUGUAUGAUUGGUCGAGUUAUCAUGAUGUUGAACCGCACUUCGCACAACUUCUCGGCCCCACCGAGGUUCCGACUUGGCCAUCGACCUUGAAAGAAGUCGAGCUGAUCCAGCUACGCAAGUGGGAUGACGCCACAGCGGAAGUGUUCUUUACGUCGCUCAUUAACAGCGCAUCCGAUCUACGGAGUCUCCGGCGGCUAGUGAUCAGCGCCAUUCUGAAGAUCGGCUGGCGCGAUCGGGCAUCGUUCCGCGAGAAGUGGAUUGGAAGAUUGGAGAAGGUUUUCCUGCGGCACAGCCCGCCUCCCGAUCCGACCCUUCGCACCAUCCCGCGCCCCCCGUCACACCCGAACCGGACGACUCCACCCGCCAACGGCCCCCCCAUUGACGAUGGGUUGACACAGUCGGAUGCGCAACAUAGCGGCCCAUCGACGCCCUCCAAACGAAAGAGCGUUCGACUUGCCCAACGGAAAUUCUCCGAGGCCGAGGAAAGUGAAUUCAGUCCAGUGCGUCAGACUGGCAACCACGGGGAUGAUGAGCCGGCGUCCCUCACCGUGCAGGGCAUGUGUGAGGUAGUCAUGGUGCGUAUCGACAACCAGCGACCCACUGAAACGCAGUUCAACGAGCAGGAUUUCCUAGACGAGGAAUUGAGCGGCGACGAGGACUGGAAUGGCGAUGACCUAGACAUGUCGGCUGGCGGACAUGCCUGGUAGGUUCGUCACCACUAGUUGACUCGCGAUGCGAACAUGGUCAAAGACCUCUUGUGCCUAGUUCAGCAAUGUGUCCUUCACCCUAGAAUCUCCCCUCUGCAUUCCCUCCUCGUGGGCAAUUCUAUACAUCUUUUUGAUCUGGGCCCCUGUGCCCACCAGACACGUCUAAAUUGAGUUCAAACAAUUCGGGAGUUGGGGUUUUACAACAUAAAGGACGGUCUCAACGGAGUGUGGGAACGGUCUGGGCUUUAUCUGAUUUGACUUUUAUUCUAAUUUAUUUCCCCCCUUGCCUGUCGUUUACUCUUUAGUUUCAUGGAUGUACGAACGAAAUAAUGAUCUGGCUGCCCCUCGC